CGAUCUCUCCCUCUCUCGUGAUCUUUCUUGCGUUUUCUCUGCCGUUCUGUCGAACACGAACUGAAGCCGCUGCUUGCCAGCACUGCCUGCUGCCGCUCCUCGUCACCGGUUCCAUCUUUCUCUCUGACUAGAAAGGAUUCAAAGGCACUUGGACAAGAUCAACAAGCCCCCUGUCCUCACCAUAGUUGCUAUUGGAUGUUGUUAUUAUUAUUAUUUUCAGAGUGCAGACGGUGAUAUCAUAGAUUGUGUUCACAAAAGAAAACAACCAGCUCUUGAUCCCUGUUCACUCUUCUUUCGUCGCUCGCUUAACAAUGGGAGCCGUGAAGUUAGUCUUUCAUUCUUCGCCGCGUAUAGAUGGCGUUUCUGUUGAUCCUGAACCCGAUUGGAGCUUCGACGCUCUCGUUUCGGAGCUCAAUACCUUGGAGGCGAAGCUCGCCACUACUUCUGUUACUUCCUCGCAGUUCCAGAAAACAAUGCCUACUUGGAAGAGAGGAGGUGAGAGAGGUAAACCUUUCGUGUUGCGUGCUCAAGAAUUUGAUUUGGAUGACACAGAGAGCGACGAUGAUGGGGAUAACAAAGCUUUGGUACCUGUCAAACGGUUCAAUUGCGAUAAACUUUAUCUGAGUGACAGUGAUGAUUCUGACGUGUCUGCAUUUGACGUGCAACCCUACUUGAUGGAUGAAGGAAAAGAGGUGGAAACUGCGUUAUUUGAGUUGGCACAAGAACAUCAGCUUAGGGUUAAUGAUGAAAUACGGACUAAGAUCUCAGCAUUGGAGACAGCUCUGGCAGAUGAAAGUCAGAACUCUACCUCCGCUCUUCUUCGAGUUGAGAAAUAUAAAGAAUCAAGACAAGAGCAGGAUAAAAAGUUAGAUACACAAUAUCAGCGCAGGAUUGCAGAAGCACUUGAUAAUCACUUGACAGCUGUUCAACGGGACCGUGAACUUAGAUCACAAAUAGAAGAAAGGAAAAUAAGAAGUGAUGCAGCUUAUGAAGAAGCGAAGAGAAAGGUUGCUUUGCAAGAGGAAAGGCAGCAGCAGGAAAAGGCUAAAGCAGAAGCAGAGGCCAAACUUAGAGCUGAAGAGGCAAAACGAGCUGCAUUGGAAGCUGAGAGAAAGGCAGCAAUGGAAGCUGAAAAAAGAGCAGCAGCAGAAGCUGAAAGGAGAGCAGAAAAGGAAGCUGUAGAAGGGGGUGCUGCUGGAACUUUCCAGAAGGUUACUUCUGGACGAACCCAACAAGAGGCUGUAGUGCAUUCUACAGAUGAUGCAUCAAGCGUAUCAAAUGCAGAUACCAAGGAGUCUGGCAAUCUGUAUCGUGCUGCGACAAGUGCUGUAAGUUUGGAGAGUGGGAGACUACAGAAACUGAAAGAGCUGUGUGAGAGGAACCAAGCAAUAAGAUCUAGUUCUAAUCAGUCAAUUCAAUCCAAAAAGAGAGUAUUUGCAUUUCAUGUCUAUUUAAUGUUUUGUACAUUCUAUAGGUCAAAAUCCAAUGAUCUUGUGAAGCUUUUGCGGGAUCCUCAAUGUCCUCAAUCAAUCAGCAUUGAGAUAUUUGCUAAAAAGUUUAUUUCAUACUGCGCAAACCUUGGUAAUGCACCCUUUGCAAGUGGAUAUGUGAUUGUUCUGGUUACAUCUCAGGUCCCGGCUGCAAUGGAUGUUCUGCUGGCUGAGCUUCACAGGGCCUGCCUAUACACUGUCCCAAAGCACAUGGUAUACAAAAAGUCUAUCUUUCAAUCAAAGGAGUCAUACUUCAAAGCUAUUGGUUACCGAGAGGAUGGAGGAAAGUUGGAGAGUACACAAGAUUAUUUAAACCGGUUAGAAUCAUACAUGAAGGUUUAUGGUGCACUGGUUCAGACCGAAAUUCAAGGUGUUCAGAAUUUGCACGGCUUGCGAGAGGGUUGGGCUUGGCUUGCAAGGUUCUUGAACAAUCUCCCAGCUAACCAAUAUACAGCUGUUUCACUGAAUGCUUUCUUGCAAAUGGCUGGUUUUGCACUUUUUAGAAGAUAUAAAUCUCAAUUUGUAAAGUUAUUGAACAUCAUCUCUCAGAACUUCUUAGUUGAUCUGAAAGCUCGGCAGAUACCGGAACUCACAAGGACUCUAUUGGAGAUAGAGACUUAUAUAAAAGAUAAGAAGUUCCUUGAAGAGCCAGAAGGAAGGAGGCUAGAGGCUAAUUUGUUGUCCAGCAAAUCUGUUAAUUAUUGAAGGCUGAGACAGAUUUUGUAUUUUAUUUAUUUAUUCACUUGCCUAGAUUUAUUGAAGGUCAGGAAAAGCAAAAUUGUUAUUCUUAUUUUUCUGAGGUUAGGCAAUAGGUAUUAGGCAUUGUGAUAGGCAAUAGGCAUUAGGCAUUGUUAUAAGGGUGACACGAAGGUGAAUUUUUUGGUGAAGACUGAAGAGUGAACUUUUUUUUUGGAAUAGAAAAGUUUCACCAAUAAAAAUGUAUUAUAUUAUAUGUAUGCACAUGUUCAUUCUAAAUUUAGAAAAAGUUUUCAUUUUUACUCCAUUUUAUUCUUCACCAAAGAAAUUCCCUUGUGCAAGUCUAAAUAUGCCAAUAAAGGCAAAUGUAAUUGACAUUCGAUGUUAUAUUUGAAGGAAUUGUUCUGGUGGCUGAUGAGAUCGUAUUCCUCAAAGAAAAGCUAUGCAGCCUUCUUACAGGAGUUCUUCAAUGGCUCUCGCCUAACAGGUGAAUGUCUUUGAGGAUGCUGGAAAAUUUUAAAUUUCCAAAAUUCUGAAAUGAGGGACAAAAUUUGAAAGAACGGGAUAAGAAGGGGUUUCAUGAAGAAAAUGUAUAUGACUUCUAACUGAAAAGUUGGGGCAAGGGAUAUAAGCAAUUGAUUUUAAUGGCUAUGAAGAAGUAUUACAGGAAGAUAUUUUCAGUGAUUAAGCAUGGUACCAGAAAGAAGAGAAAUCAGGAGGUAAAACAUCAAGAAGUCUUGUAUGGUGUGCACAAACUACCUGAACAUGAUACAUGUGAAUAUUAUGAUGUUGGGAGAUGCUGAUAACAA